AUGGCAUGCCUCCCAAAAAAACUCCCUACAGGAGGGGCAUUUGAGGCGCUUAAUGUAGGAAGUUGCCACCUGCAGGGGUAUCUGCGAAGUUCAUCAACCUCGACAGGAAGUGGAACGUCUGCUUCCGGUACAAAUCCUGCAUCUUCGUUUGGAACUGCUACAAAUUCUGCGUCGUCUUUUGGAAGUGCUAGUGGUGCUUCCACUGGACAAGGAAGCGGGAAUUUCGGUUCAUCGCAGCCAAACAGUGGGUCAGCAAGUCCAUCACAGGGUAGUAGCUCGAGCCAAAUGACAGGGGGACCAUCGAAUAGUGCACCUCCGGGAACAUCCGGAACUUCUGGUGGGUCAGGAACUCCAAAUUUUGACCCGAUAAAGACAAAUUCUAUGGCUACUUCAGGAUUUAACCCCUUAAAUCCCAUGAUGGGUAAAGAUAUGAGCGUAGUUAUGGGUCCCCAGUCUCAGUCAGGAGGCAGUAAUGCGGGAAAUUUUAAUCCAGGUCAAAUGAACGCUCAGCUCGGUAAACAGGGAAUGAGCAUGAACAUGUUUGGUGGUGCCGGUGGUAAUACUGACCUAAAUAAGGCAGAUGCUUCUACCUUGAUGAAUGGAGCCCAAGGUAUGAUGGCAGGAUCGAACGCUAUCAACAGUGGUGGUAAUGCAGUAAUGCAAGGUGGAAAUACCGGUAAGGGAACAGGAAGUUCGAGUACUGCUGGAACGUCGGGCGGGUCCGGAGGCUCGUCUAGUGGGUCAACAUUUGAUCCAAAUGCGAUGAGCAGUAGUGGCGGAAGUAACAGUGGAAGCAGCGGAAGUAGUACAGGAAGUACUGGUGGAUCAUCAGCAACUUCCGGCGGAAGUGGAAUAAACAUGUUUAAUCCUAAUGCUAUGAUGGGAGGAGGUAUGUAA